AUGCCUCUCAUCGAGUCUGAUGCGGCCGGCCCGUCGACCGAGCAACCUCAGCGACUGCCUUUUCCACCCGUCACAUACUCGCACAUUCUACAUUGUUCCUACGACUAUUGGCAACCAAAAUACCGCGCUCUCGUACCGAAGUCCCGAAUCAUUCCCUUAACACCCGCUUUCGUUUCCUACCUUCAUGCAGACGGAAUUGUCCUCCCACCAGAAGAUACCCCGCCAACCAACGAUGACGAUCUCGAUGAGUUUUCAGAUGAUUCCGACGUCGAGGAAGAGUCAGACCCCUCGAAAGACUGGGAGGAUAUCCAUUCCCAAAUCAAGUCCACAAUCGCGGAGUUGGACGGCAAAGUGACCCCCAAAUUAAACUGGAGCGCACCCAAGGACGCCACCUGGAUGGCCGCAACAAACGACAUGCAAUGCCGCACUCCAAAUGACAUCUACCUCCUCCUCAAAAGCAGCGACUUCAUUACCCACGACCUAGAACACCCAUUUGACGACUGCGUCCCCGAUACUUCCUACUCACCGAGCCCCAUGCCCAGUCUCCCGCAGGUCAAUUACAACCUCAUCCUCCGCCAAUACGUCAACUUCAACCCCUCACUUGAGUUCCGAUGCUUCGUGCGUAACAGGGUGUUACUCUGUAUGUGCCAGCGGGACCAGAACCACUUCGACUUCCUCUUCCCCAUGCGCGACUCUCUUCGCUCCCGCAUCCAGUCCUUCUUCGACGAAAAGCUCAAAGACACAUUCCCAGACUCAAGCUUCGUCUUCGAUGUCUACAUCCCACCACCACACCAGCGCGUGUGGCUCAUCGAUAUUAACCCCUGGGCGGAGCGCACAGAUCCACUACUAUUUAGUUGGCUAGAGGUCCUGCGAAUGAAAGACCCAGUCGGUAUUCAAGAAGAGGAUGACAGCGCCGAACAGUUCGUCCGCCUGUCUCUCAACGGAAAUAACUCUGAUCUACCCGAAGAAGCCGAAGGCGAUACGUCUGGGUCAGAAGAAGAAGAAGCAGAGCACAUAGAAGAUGAUGACACCCCAUUCCUAUCGGAAUUCCGACUCGUCAAGCGUGACGAUCCGGAAGCCUACGCCUUCACAACACCUCAGUACUCAGCGCAUAAAAUGCCCAAGGAAGUUGUCGACGCCUCGAUCUCUGGCCCUGGCGGCAUGAGUGAAUUUCUGGGUCAAUGGCAGGAUAUCAUCGCGCGGCAAGCUCAGGAAUCAGAUACGGAGAGUGAUCAUUAA